UCACAGGUCACAUAAUCCCUCUGGGGUUUGGGUUUCACAGCCAUUAAAUGGGUUUAAUACCCAGAAACCUGACUACCUUGAGGUGGUCAUAGGUCAGGCCUGCAGCUCCAGUCUUGGGGUGUUCUGCUUGGGCAGCCACCAAGGAAGACUACUUGAGGAGAAGGCGGCAGUGCCUUGGGGUUAGGAAGAUGGUGCUCCUCCCUCACGGUAAUGGGAGGGGGAGUUCUUGAGUGUCUUGGGGUAUCCAGGUCAGGAGAGAAGAGGCCGUGAUCCGAGCCUCAGCAGGUGGUGGUGAGUUUCAGGCUGCUGAGGCUGUGGCAGAGGGAGUGUUCCGUUCUCUGCCCCACCCCUUUGAAAUACCAGGAGCAGAGCUGACACAGGCUGAAAGGGGAACUCCUAGUUGUGAUGCAGCCAAGAGCCUGUCAGCUUCUGCAGGGGAUUUUCCUUACCCUGAGUGUGUAGAGGGGUGAUGACCACCAGCAGCUGAGAAACCAUAUAGCCGCCUGCACAGCUGAACAGGCCAGCAGGCAGCCUGCCAUGGGGUCCCACUCCAAGAACCGGUUCUUCUGCUGGGCCUCUGGGCUCCUGGUAUUCAUCAACCUCUUCCUCAGUGUCUGCAGCACUGAAGCCUACACUUCCGAAGCACAUGAUUCUGCCUUGGAGGUUUAUAGAAAACCCAUUCAUCUGAAGGUGAUCCGAGGCGGCUCUGUCUUGUUUAAUGUGAUCGAGAAGCUCCGAGUAGUUGUAGGAGCCGAGCUGCAGGAGGUUUCAUGGGCUUUGGGCACUCUGUUAAAUUACACACAGGUGCUGCAAGUCCGUAAGGGAGCUGACUCUCCAAUCUGGUUGAGCCUCCAGGAUAAGUUCAAGCAGAGGGUCCAUGUGCCCAGCAUGUGGUCUCUGAGGAUUGAGAACCUGGCCCCUGAAGACAGUGGGCAGUACAUGGCCAUGAUCCGCUCAACUCGGGGAAAAAUGCUUGGCCAGGUUUUCUACCUCUCUGUCUAUGAGCCUGUGCCUCAUCCUGGAAUCCUGGCCAAGUUACUCUCUAUCACACCAGGCUUGUGUAACAUAACCCUGCAGUGCAGGGCUCCAGGGGCCACCGAGGACCUGAAAGUGACCUGGGUGAGCAAGGGCCUCCUCAGGGAGCUGGAGCAGAGCAAAACACCAGGACCAGCCCUGAACCCCUGGACCCUGGCUGUGAGUCUGCCCCUGUGCCAGUGCAACACCCACCUCACCUGUGUGGUCAGCAACCAGGUGGAUAAGAAAGCUGCAAUCUUAGAUGUCAGGAAAGUGUGUGUCCAAGAAACAGCUCCACACAAACAGGACACGGUUAGACUGCUGCCAGGCCUCCUAGGGGAUGUUGCGGGUGUGAUGUUGGUCCUGGGAACUGGGCUGUAUCUUUUGAAGACAUGUAGGAAGAAAAAGAAGAUGAAGAUAAGAAGAGGUGGAGAACUGCAGGAGAACCAUGUGUUCGAUGAUGAUGUCAACCACUAUGAAGAUCUCAGGCUGCCAGUGUCUCAGAAGGACAAGGACAAGGGCAUUGGUGAACAAUAUCUGGAAAAAGAGGAGCCGCUCACUGCUAUCUACAGUGAGGUUCAUUAUCAUUGCCCAGGCAGGGCCAUUAAGAUCAUUCAACUGGAGGAAGCAAAAGGAUCUGACAAUCCCAGGAUAUCUACACUGUGAGCCUGAAGCCUGCAGACCCCUGCCUUUCUUAGUGCUGGUCCGGUUUCAGCUGCCCCUUGUCUGUGUACUCUGAUCUCAUAGCCACAGUUCUAUGGUGUACCCAUGACCUGUUCACAUUCUGAGACACCUCCCCAAGAUGCACUUACACUUGGGCAAAGAUUCUUUCCCUAUCAUUGAUGUGGCUCCUGACCCCUCUCCUCCAGAAGCCUUCCCAAGGGGACCCUGUCUGACUGAGCAGGUGGAAAAUCCCCGCCACCUCUGCCGUGUCACCGGUGUGUGUGCUUCUGAGGACACAAGCCGUUCCAGACAUGGGAACGGUGCAGAGGUGUUGACUGUGCUGCAGAGGAGGGGGUAGGACCUGGCUUCUGGAUGCUGAGUUGGAGGACAGCGUGGGUGGGUAGGAGCCCACAAAGGAGCACGCCACGGCUUUCUUUGCAGAGUUUGUACAGGGAUCCCUUGGGGGCAUCAGGCAGUGUGUGUGUGUACAUGCAUGUCGGGGCAGGUGUCUAGUGCACAUUAUACAACUGAACCAAAGCUACCUUUCUUUUCUCCUGUGCUAAUCUGAACCUAAUCUUCAGUCUUAGCCUGUGGAUCCAAACUCAACUUCCUGUUGUGUCAUCUCAAAAGCUUCCUAGCCUCUGUGUCUCAGAGAAUGACCCUAAGAGGCCACAGUUUGGGGUUGUCUUAGGAAAACAGCUUCAGCUCUUUCCUUGGCGUAGGAUAGAGCACUUAGCUAUAAGGACAGAGGUGUGGUACUCUUCCACACCCCGUUGGUGAGGACUACUUGGGCUCUGAUGGGUGAAGCUGUUGAGAAGGUCUGACACAGCCCUCUCCAGCCGCUUCUUAUUCUGACCCUCAGUGCCCCAGUAGCUAUGCUGGCCCCAAACCUAGGUCAUCCACUUCUUUGCUCACUUGCAUCCCUCUGCCCGAAAUGAAAUUUCCCUCUCCCUGUUUCUCACCCUCACUCCCACCUGCUGAAAUACUGCUGCGCUACUCAAAGCCCUUCCCAAGAUGCUUGUUCCAUGGAGCUCUCUGGAUCUCGAAGGUUUAAACAUGACCUCCCCUCACAUCUGACUUUUCUGAACACCUUGGACACUAUGUACGGUCCCUGCCACAGUUUGUCCUGGGAUGAUCAUGAAUCUUCCUGCAGAACUAACCUGGGCUCUCUCAGGAGGAUAUGGGGCUGUGGGAGAAUAGGGCUGAGGAGACAAGCACUUCUUGGUGCAAAGGGUCUGGGCCAACCUUUUCCCAUCCCAUGGGGUCAGCAGAGGGAGAUGCAGCAAGGAGCUGCUGACAGACUGGCAUGGCUCUACCUGGAAACAGAGGUAGACACAAUGACCUCCCUUGACUAUAUUUGGCCUGAGCUCCUAAUUAGAGACUUCCUUAUUCCCUUAUCCACCUCUUAUUGUGAACCUGGCCACGCUUCCUCCAUGGCAUGUGAGUGUUUCUUCCCUCCUGAGGGAUCUUCAGCUUCCUGCAGACUCUGCCUCCUGUUUGAGUCCCAGCUUCUAGGCAGAGAUGGGUAACUCUAGCACCACAAGCUGCUGUGGCACAUCUGGUGGCCUAGAUCCUUGGGUCUCUUAGUUUCCCUCCCGGCUCAGGUGAGCUCAUUUCCUCAUUGCCACCCACAGAAAACAAAGAUCUGAACAGAGUCCCUGCUAAGAGAUUGAGCACUAGGAAAUAAUGCUAGGUGUCUGCCGGACGGUGGAUGAGUGAGGCAGGAGGGAGAGGAUCCAUAGCAGGGCUUCAUUUUUGCCGUCUUCCCAUUUAGGCUGAGCAUAAAGCUGAUGGUGCCAGCCUCCUCCCUGGCUUCCCAGGUGACUGGACAUGACGAGGUAUCAGUGCACGUUAGCCCUGGGGCAGCAUAAGAUGAGAUCAUCCAACUGACCUUCCCACCACAUCAAAGACAACAAAAAAAAAAAACAAGGAAACAAAAGAGAAGAACAAGGCUU